AUGACUACCGUAGUGAAGAAAAUCCCAUUCAGGCAGCCCAAGGAUAUACAAUGUUGGGGACAUCGAGGUGCCUCUGCCCAUCUACCUGAGAAUACCCUCGCAAGCUUUAGAGCUGCGAUAUUAGAAGGUGCAGAUGGUAUUGAAUCUGACGUACAUGCUGCAUCGGACGGAGUGGUGUUGAUGUUCCACGAUCCCACUUUGGAGAGGACGACGACGGGUAAAGGGCUCAUCAGGACUCAACCAUGGAAAGGAGUGAUAGAACAUGUGAGAACUAUCAAAGAACCUAUCCAGCCAAUACCAUUAUUCGAAGAAUUGGUGGAACUUCUGAUGGAGCCUCAAAAUAGACACGUAUCGCUCAAUGUCGAUUGUAAGAUGCAGAACGACCCAGAGAGGCUUUUCCCUGAAAUGGCUCGUAUCAUAAAGAAUCACGACCAAUGGGAAACUCUUCUCGCUCCUCGAAUAAUACUCGGUCUCUGGCAUCCUCUUUUCCUCCGAGCGGCGUACACUCAUCUCCCUCUUCUCAGACGAUAUCACAUAGGUUUCGGGAUCCCCAUCGCCCGUCAGUUCUUCUGGGAUGCAUGCGAAGGUUUUUCAAUGUGUUUUCCCGUUCUCAUGGGCGCCGAGGGUCAAAAGUUUUUGGAAGAUUGUAGGCAAGGUGGGAAAGAGGUAUGCGUUUGGACUGUGAAUAAGGAAGAUGAGAUGAGGGUCGCAUUGAGUUUUGGGAUAAAAGCCGUUUUGACGGAUAGGGUGGCAGCUUUUACUCAGGUGAAGAAUGAGGUUAUUCAAGACCCAACAAAGCUGCAAUUGUCAGGCUUGGCAAGAUACACUUUCCCAUGGUCAGAUUGGAGAUAUUAUUCCCUCGUACAUUCUUUCUUCCUCCGAACACAGCUUGAUUUUAUGCGUAAAGCUUGCUAUCAACCAGGUCCACUUGUCAAGCCAGACCUGAGCGAGUUUUCAUCGAGCACGGCCAGCCCGGAAGUGGUGUCUCUCGACGCUCAGCCUCAGGCUGUCAUAGUCCCAAGCUGA